AUGGGCAGGAAGUUCUCAUCUGAUGUUCAGUCACUUUUAUCGGCUGCACGAAGUUAUGUGGAAUGCUGUUUUGAAGUGAUCCCUGACUCAUGCAAAUCGAAUAAUCUGUUCGUAUUGGUUGGUGGCAUUAAAUGUAAUAAUGAGACAAAUUCUACUUUAAAGCAACUUCAAGUAGCCCAUUUAUCCAAUCAUUAUGGUAUCAGUGGUGGUAAUCACCAACUAAAAUUCUGCUUAUAUUCACAAGAUUCUCGUUUGAGAGUUUCAAAUUUAGAGGUAUAUAAAGUCUUAAUAGAUGUAGAACCAGAUGUGAUUACCUAUAAUGGCAAUGAUUGUGCAAAAGUGGGUGAUGAGAAUGUGGAACAGUUUCAUAGUGCCAAGAUACAAAACAGUACUAUUACUAAUAGAAGCAGUAGUGAACUAACCUAUUGUGAUAAAAAAGGGAAUAGUAUAUCUAAUUACUCAACUAGAAAUGAUUCAACACAGGAGCGUCAUCAGAAAAACCUGUCGUACUAUGCUGGUGAUUGCAUUCUAUUAGUUAAUUCUAUGUAUUUGAAAGAAUGA